CCCUAAAUCUAAACCCCGCGCACUCAGCGGCGAAUCCCGUUGCGCCGGCCCUUAGCGUUUGCCAACUCCGCCGCCGGCUGCCGCUCGCCGCGCGCCGAUCGUCGCUCGUCGCUCGUCGCUCGUCGCUCUGCCGUUUCUGAGAGAAACUGCAGUCGAUUUCGGAGGAAGAAGAAUACCAGUGAAGUUUUACUAGUUUGAGAAAGAUCAAGGGAGAAUGAGGUUCGAUGCAAAUAACCCUGGUCAACCUCGGAAUGCAGCUGUUGAAUUGGGCAUACCACUAGAAUUUCCUGAAAGUUGGAAUCAAGUGGGAGAUGGAAGCAAUGCGAUCAUUUUACCAGGGAAGAGAAAGGACAAGUCAAAGAUUAAGAAGCAUACAAAGAAGGAACCUUCAACUUUGAGCAAAUCAAAACAAAGGAAGCUAAAACAAUUGGAGGAGGAGAAACAACAAAAGAUCUUGCAAGAAAAAAGUAUUAAGAUUCUCGAGAAGCAUAAGAUAUCAGAUAGUGCAUAUUCUCUUCUUCAAUCUUCAGGAACUAUUGGUCGAGCUGAGACUUUCAAGGAAAGACGCCUUCGUGCUGUGCAACUCAUGAAAGUUGGUCUAGAGGUGCCUGAGGACGUUUUUGCAUUGAAUAGAAAGGGCAAUCAAACUGACUCUCAUAAGACUGAAACCUCUUUAGAAGAUGGUUCUAUUCAGGAUCUACUACUUCUUUCUUGUGUUGAUAGCCUCAUUCCUCCAACAAUUUGUGGGGAAGAAAUUGACAAGACUAGUAAAAUGACUCUUGCUGUGGAUUCACUCUCCACAGAAGUUGGUGAAAAGAAUGCAAGUUCUUGCAUGAUAGUUGAUCAGGAUCAUUCUUCUACAAUCUCAUGCAGCCGUGAGGGACAUGACAAGAUUACAGAGGACAAUAUUACAGAUGGUUCAGUAGAAAAGUGUCAAGAAAUAAAAAGCAUUACUGAUUUAACUGGCCGGAUAUAUGCUAAUCCUUCCACUGUGGUUCAUGUAUCACGGCCAGAGGUAGUUGAAGAACAAAGGAAAGAUCUCCCUAUAAUCAUGAUGGAACAAGAAAUAAUGGAAGCUAUUAAUGAAAACUUUGUCGUAAUUUUAUGUGGAGAAACAGGUUGUGGCAAAACUACACAGGUUCCCCAGUUCCUAUAUGAAGCUGGCUAUGGUUCAAGUAUUCGAAGCGAUAGAAAUGGACUAAUUGGGGUGACUCAACCACGACGUGUUGCAGUUCUUGCUACUGCCAAGCGUGUUUCAUUUGAAUUAGGACUCUCGCUUGGAAAAGAGAUUGGUUUUCAAGUUAGGCAUGACAAGAUGAUCGGAAAAAGCUGCUCCAUUAAAUUCAUGACGGAUGGAAUUCUUCUUCGAGAAAUUCAGAGUGAUUUCUUGUUAAAGCGAUACUCUGUAAUCAUCCUUGAUGAGGCUCAUGAGAGGAGCUUGAAUACUGAUAUACUCAUUGGCAUGCUUUCUCGAAUCAUAAAGCUUCGCCAGGUUAGAAACAUGUACAAUGCAUAUUUUUUUUUUCUAACAAACACUUUAGUUGUCUGUCAUCAAUUAAUAAAAAAAAAAUGGCAGAAAUUAUAUGCUGAUCAGCAAAAUAAGAUACUUUCUGGAGCAACAAUUAGACCUGAAAACAUGGUCACUGAGUUGAGGCUUGUGCUUAUGAGUGCUACUUUACAAGUUGAGGACUUCAUUUCAAACAGAAAAUUGUUUGAUCAGAGCCCACCUAUUAUACAGGUUCCUGUUAGACAAUUUCCAGUGACGAUUCACUUUUCCAAAAGAACUUCUGAAGAUUACUUAGGACAAGCUUAUAAGAAGGUUAUUGCCAUCCAUAAGAAGCUUCCGCCAGGUGGAAUACUUGUGUUUGUCACUGGACAGAGGGAAGUUGAGUUUGUGUGCAAGAAAUUACGUAAAGCUUCACAACAACUUACUAGGAGUUCAAAACAGGUAGGCAACGAAUCGGCUGAAAACUCAGAAGAAAAUAUGAAGGAAAUUGAUGAGGCAUUUGAGGUUGAAAAUGAUUUGACUGAGCAAAAUGAUAGAGUUAGUUCUUAUGAAGACGAAGCUGAUUUUGUUUAUUCUGAAGCGACUGACUCAGAGACCGAGAGUGAUCUUGAAUAUGAUAGAGAAGAUGAAGGCAUUGCCAAGUUAGCAGAACCAAAGAACAGUGGGUCUGUGUUAGGUUUUCUAGAAAAAGUUGGGAAUCUGUCUUCAUUGAAAUCUUCUUUUGAUGCUUUAUCAGGGAAUUCAUGUGAACCCAAUUAUGGUGCUGAAUCUUGUCCACCUACUUUUGACUUGGGAAAACAUGUAGAAUCUGUUCCUCUCCCUGUCAGCCCAUUGUAUGUUUUGCCUCUCUAUGCAAUGCUCCCUGCUUCUUCACAGCUUCGAGUGUUUGAAGAUGUACCUCAGGGUGAAAGACUGGUAGUUGUAGCUACUAAUGUGGCCGAGACUUCUUUAACCAUCCCUGGCAUAAAAUAUGUGAUCGAUACAGGGAAAGAAAAAAUCAAGAAUUACAAUCACUCCAAUGGGAUGGCCACGUAUGAAGUUAGUUGGAUAAGCAAAGCAUCAGCUGCUCAGCGUGCGGGAAGAUCAGGGAGAACUGCACCAGGACAUUGUUACCGCCUAUAUUCAUCUGCAGCUUUCAGUAAAGAUGAGAUUUUCCCUAAAUUUUCAUGCCCUGAGAUAUCCAAAGUUCCAGUCGAUGGAGUUACCCUUCUGAUGAAGUCAUUGGGUAUUGAUAAGGUUGCAAAUUUCCCAUUUCCAACUUGCCCCGACCAUGAAGCUUUGUUGGAAGCUGAACGCUGCUUAAGAGCUCUUGAAGCCCUUGAUAUGCAGGGUAGACUUACACCGAUGGGUAGAGCAAUGAUACAAUAUCCCAUUAGUCCUCGUCAUUCUCGAAUGCUUCUUAUAGUUAUCAAAAUCUUGCGGAAUCAGAGAGCAUAUGACCGGGCUAACCUUGUAUUGGGAUAUGCCGUCGCUGCUGCUGCAGCAUUAAGCUUUCCAAAUCCCUUAGUCACACAAUUCACCGAGAAGCAAUCGACCAAUGGGGAUACUGAUGCCGAGAAAGAUAAAGAGGAGAAACUGAGGAAAAAGAAGUUCAAAAAAAUGGCAAGAGAAGCACGCGCAAGACUUUCAAAUCUCAGUAGUGAUGCUUUAACUAUUGCAUAUGCCUUGCAGUUAUUCGAGAUCUCUGAAAGCCCGGUUAUAUUCUGCAGAGAUAAUUUACUGCAUAUGAAAACAAUGGAAGAGAUGUCUAAAUUAAGGAAACAGCUUCUAGAACUUCUAUUUCACCAGAGCAAGUUUUGCGAGGAAUUUUCGUGGAAUCAUGGUUCUCUUGAAGAUGUAGAACGCUCUUGGAGGACGCACUCGCACAAGAACCCCUUGCAAAUGAUGGAAGAAGAGCUCAUAUCACAAUCAAUCUCCGCUGGUUGGGCUGAUAGAGUUGCAAAGCGCAUUCGUGCAAUCAAACAAUCUUCAGAGAAUGAUACGAUGAUCCGUGCUAUCAAAUAUCAAUCUUGCAACAUGAAGGAUGUUGUAUAUUUGAACCGGUGGUCUUCUGUUGCUCCGGCUGCACCAGAAUUUCUGGUUUAUACUGAGCUUCUUCAGAUGAAAAGACCAUAUCUAUAUGGAGUGACCACCGUCAAGUCGGAUUGGCUUGUAAAAUAUGCCAGUUCUCUUUGCACUUUCUCAGCUCCUCUUACUGAUCCAAAACCUUACUAUGAACCUCUAAGUGACCAGGUCUUGUGCUGGGUGACUCCUACUUUUGGCGCACAUAAUUGGGAGCUUCCAUUGCACAGCAUACCCAUUAAGAAUAUUACCCUUCGGCUGUCAGUAUUUGCUUCGGCAUUGCUGGAAGGGAAUGUUCUGCCAUGUCUAAGAUCAGUUCAGAAGUUCUUGGCCUCUCCACCAUCGAGCAUGCUGAGGCCUGAAGCUCUCGGCCAAAGACGCGUCGGGGAUCUUCUGAAUCGACUCAAAAUUGGUUCAAAAGUAAUUGAUACACGAGCCAAGUUGCAAGAUGCCUGGAGUGAGAAUCCUCAUUUCUUGUACUCCGAGAUUAAGCAGUGGUACCAAGAGGUGUUUCAUGAUCAAUUUGGCCGACUUUGGGAACGAAUGCAUAUCGAGGUUAAUCUCGAGGGAUAUGAACUGUUCCCUAAAAGAGCGAAGAAAGACAAGAAAAGGAAAUAGUAAGCCACGAGAAAGUCACACAAAUGUUUUGCCAUUCAGAUCAUGAAGGUGGAGUUUUUGGUUUUCACAAAUUCUCUAAAAGGAGAUCGGCUAUUGGUUAACAGUUUGGUUUUAUAAUUAUUUGAUGUAUCGGUCACUGAGGAUAUGGGCGAGAUCAAUGCAUGAAUUGGAUUAUGCCACUGAUUACAGACAGUUGAAAUAGAAGGUUCUGUUGUUGAUGGUUUA